AUGGUCCUCUCGUCCAAGGACAACUGCUGGCCAAGCGAGAAUCUGAUUCUCAAAUCUGGGCGCAAGCAUUAUCGCACAAACAUCGCCCCAUGGCAUUGGCAAUUGCGCUCCUUGAUCAGCGCCGAAGGCAACGGCACCCUCUACUUUCCGACUGGCUCCGAGAAUAAUCACAUUACACGACUUGCCACGGAUACUUGCGAAUCCGAGACUAUCCACGUCCUGGGCUUUCCCCCUCGAUGCUUGGCGGCCCAGAGUGGCUGGGUUUGCUGCGGCGGCGAGUAUGGAGAGUUUGCCGUCAUCAAGGAUGCCAAUCAGCAUGGAGGCGACGGCAAUAGGACUCGCACAAACGUCGACGAUGCCCUCAGUAGCAAUUUUCAGUCCCAGCUUCGCUCUCUCGAAUCCCCCCCGGGAAAUGAUACCUCUCUGAGCUCGUCCUUCAGCAGAGAUAUGUUCAAUCUGCUGGAGCAGAGACUCAACGGUCCGGCCAAGUCGUGGACUUCAUCAAGUCACAAGUACGGCUCUGAGCGCGUCAACUGUAUUACAAUAUGGGAACCACCCGGGGCAACCUCGUUAUUUCCGGCACGAGCCGGCCAUUACGGCACGACUGUCGCUGUGUUGUCUAAUAACGAUAAAACCGUCACAAUGGUGGGCUUGCAAGAAUCCGAGUUUCUCGACGAAAUUAAGCUUCCCGACUGUGUGAACCGCAGCCUGAUAUCACCAGACGGCACUUUGCUGGCCAGUAUCUGUGAUGACCCGUUUCUCUACCUGCACACACGGAAGGCUACCAACGGCAAGAUUGGAGAUGCCUACGAAUGGAAAUCGCUACCCCGAGUUCGUCUCGAGUCACCGGCAAAAGAUGCGCGAGAUGACUGCAGGGGUUCUUUUGCGGCUUCGUUCUCACCCUCUGGACGAUAUCUAGCAGUCGGCAUCCAGAAUGGCACCAUCAAAGUAUUCGAUACUGCAGCUCUGCAAAUAGCAGACACAGAUGCUCUUGUCGCCUCAUUCACCACAAGUCGGCAUCCCGAGGUUCACGGUGCCGUACGAGACAUGGCUUUUUGCCCUGGCCCGUACGACCUGCUGGCGUGGACUGAACACCGUGGGCGCAUUGGUGUUGCCGACGCACGUACUAAUUUUGCUCAAAGGCAGACAAUAAUUCUCGAUCAAAAGGCCGAUUUUGAACAUCUUUCACUGACAGACAGAAGUACAAUCGACCCUCGCUUACUAGAUCAGAGAAAUGAGCGCAGCUCGCGGGCAGGAAGCACUUUGCAUCUUGCACGAUUACUUAGUCAGGCAAAUUCGCCACAACCACCACACGCAUCAACAAAUGUGGAUAUCACCAGCCGUGUGAACCGCCCGUUCUCGCCUGAAGAAACGGCCAUACUAGACGCAGUGUCCAACGAACGUCGGCGCCGUGAGGCUCGAGAUACGCGAGAUGCGAGAGACCUCAUCGCUGAGGAUCUGCGAGCAAGUACUUCUUGGAGGCCCCACGUGUGGGCAGAACGUCGCGAAACCCUUGCUCGCAUACUCGAUCGCGACCGACGGGAGUCGCACCGCCCAGCUGGUGUUCAGACCUCAUCAGAGCAGGAGCGCGAACGUCGUGCUCCGACCCCGCGCAGAAGGACCUCCAUCAUGCAGGCAAUCAGCCAAGAGACCGACCGCAUGGCUGGAGUGGCACCGCCGACGUUGAACCGUAUGCAGUCUUCUGGCAAUAACGAGCAGUCAAACUCGCCACCUGACUCCCCAUCGCCCCUAGUAGCAGACUCGGGUGUCCCGCAGCCCUUUAUUCCGGGACGACUAACAUCUGGAUGGGCAGACUUGGAGGCUCUAUACAACAUUACUGGCAACGACGAAACUCCUGGACUUGAGAGUAUUCGAGUGCCACCCAGUCGCACGCGCCGGGCAAUUCCUGUGAUCAACGAUGGUUGGAAUGACGAGCUUACCGGAUUUGGAACCCGGAGAAGCUACCCAAAUCCAAGACUGAGCAGCCGUGACCAUACCCAGAAUCCCGAUGACACGGCAGGAUUGACAUGGAGCGAAGACGGACAGACACUAUGGGUUGGUGCUGAGGAUGGCGUCUACGAAUUCAAGGUGAAUCUACUUGGACGCAAGGUCUUUCCUGAAAUCCAACUACGCUGA